CAUAAAAUAAAAAUGGUUCGUGCGUGGUAUAUGGAUAAUAGUGAUGUUGAUCAACGAUUAGAACAUCAUAAACAACCACCUGAAUGUAUUUCUAUUGAAAAUUUAUUCAAGAUAACAGGUGUUGAAUAUUUUCAGAUUAAUUAUAAAAAUUAUAAAAAUGAUAACAUAUUGACAGAAUUAAAAAAAAAAAGGGGUUAUACGUACGAAGAUGAAAUAGAAUGUUCUAAGAAAUGCCUUCCAAAUUACGAAGAGAAAUUAAAAAAUUUUUUUACUGAGCAUCUUCAUACUGAUGAAGAAAUAAGGUUAAUUUUAGAUGGAUCAGGAUAUUUUGAUGUCCGAGAUAAGGAUGAUCAAUGGAUACGUAUUGAAGUUCAAGCUGGAGAUUUAAUAAUUAUUCCUAGUGGAAUAUAUCACAGAUUUACUUUGGAUAUUAACAAUUAUAUAAAAGCAAAACGUUAUUUUGUCGGAGAGCCUGUUUGGUUGCCUUACAACAGACCAGCUGAUGAUAUGGAAUGUCGUAAAAAUUACUUAAAUCGUUUGAAUCAUGGUUUUGAAGUAGAAAUUCUUUAAUCCUUAUAAAAUUUAUACAAAUAAUUAAUAUUUUUUUGAAGAAUAAUAUAGAAUAUAAAGUUAUAUUCAAAUUGAAAUUCUAACGAUAAAUUUUACAUAAUUAAAAUAAUAUAUCAUUUAUAUAACAUUCCAAUGUAUAAAAAGUUUUUUUUAUUCAGAUAUAACUGAAAUAUUCAAUUUAUAUAACAUGUAUAUACAAAUUUUGUAACAUAAUUAUUAUUAUAUUAAAUAUAAAUUUUGUAACUUUUAAUGUAUAUAAAAUAUAAAAAUUAUAUUAAGAGUUAA